UUGUGCUGUACAGAUGUCUUCCACUGACACCGUAAUGGCAAUGUGUGACUAUUGUAAUCAUUUGUGCAAUAAGUACACAAUGAAAAAUGGGCCUAAUAGAGGAAGACCAUUCUUCAAAUGCCCAAGGCAUAAUGAAUAUUUUAUGUGGGCAGAUGAACUUCGCUUAUGUGAUUGUGGCGAGGGACAGUGCAAGGUACGCAUCGCGAAGACAGCAACGAACUUUAAUCGUCGUUUCUGGUGUUGUCCUAAAUCCAAUGGGCCCCUUGAUCGAGGUUGCAAAUUUUUUCGAUGGAUUUAUGGAGACAGCAAUUUGACAAGUGCACAGUCUUCCGAUUGUAGAACAAGCAAUUCAAUGGUUGGAGCUCAGUCUUCUCCAUCAGCACCUUCCUCCGAUUUUGUGAAAGGUUACUUGGAAAGAGCAAUCAAAGGUGAAGAGGAGAAGUCUAGAGUAUUGAAAAACGAAAUGGAUGUGUCUGAGGAAAAGCGAAGGAUAUAUACCAAUAUCCUAGAGGCCAUUAAUAACAUAGACAUAAAUAAAGGUGGUAGUUAGAGGGUAAUGACCAACUAUUGGGAACUUGUAAGACAUAUGGC